UUGAAUUUUUGAAUUACAGUGAGGAUGUCUGGACGAGGAAAGACCGGCGGUAAGACCCGAGCUAAGGCAAAGACUCGCUCCUCCAGGGCAGGACUGCAGUUCCCAGUCGGGCGCGUUCAUAGGCUGCUGCGGAAGGGAAACUAUGCCCAGCGUGUCGGCGCUGGAGCCCCGGUCUAUCUGGCUGCUGUGCUCGAGUACCUGACUGCUGAAAUCCUGGAACUGGCCGGGAACGCCGCCCGGGACAACAAGAAAACCAGAAUCAUCCCGCGUCACCUGCAGCUCGCUGUCCGCAACGACGAGGAGCUCAACAAGCUGAUGGGAGGCGUCACCAUCGCUCAGGGCGGAGUGCUGCCCAACAUCCAGGCCGUGCUGCUGCCCAAGAAAACCGAGAAGCCAGCCAAGAAGUAAAUCACUCGGAAGUCGCUUUUAACACGUAAAACUCCAAAGGCUCUUUUAAGAGCCAC